AAAAUAUAAUAACACCACAUUAUGGGAAAAGAAAAAUCAAAAAAACGACGGCGUUCGUCGUCUUCAAGUUCAACCAGUUCUAAUUCAAGUCGCGAAAAGAAAAAACUACGCAAAUUAAAAAAGAAAUUAAAGAAAGAGCAAAAGAAAACGGAAAAAAUUCUUAAAAAGAAACUUAGAGACGAAAAAAAGAAACUUAAUAAAAAGAAGCAGGAAGAUAGAGGUCAAAGCAUCGAUAGUAAACACAAAAUAGAAGAAUCAUCAGCUGAUAUUCCUUUGGAACUAAUGGAAAGGUCUAAAGCUAUGGCUCCUAUGACUAAAGAAGAGUGGGAAAAACGACAGAGCAUAGUCAGAAGGGUGCAAGAUGAAGAAACCGGCAGAUACAGGUUAAUAAAAGGUGAUGGUGAAGUGUUAGAAGAAAUUGUGUCAAGGGACAGGCAUAAGCAGAUCAACAGGCAAGCUACAAUGGCUGAUGGAGAUUUCUUUCAGUCUCAAACUGUGGAAAAACAAAGGAUCAAAUAAUCCUAGCUCAUCUAAGUAAUAUAUUAUGGAAUCUUAAAACUAUAUUGAUUCAUAUUUUUAUAAGAUUCCUUUAGCUAAUUUAAACAGCUUUCAUUUGUUAUGAGGUAAGUACAAAGGUAUAUUAGCUUCAAAAUGUAUAUAACAGUGGAUAUUUCCAUAUUGUCUAAUGAUUGUCUUCUGCAGAUAUAAUAAAUAUUUUAAUUUGGAAUUUGUAGGUAGAUGUCUUUUCAGCUCACAUUUCAUUGUUCGAUUGCACAAGUUAUGGAUUUUUUUUUCUAAAUAGAAUAUUGUAAUUUAAAAAUUUUUGUGUUACAAGGGGUGUAAAUGUACAGGUGUUCUAUCUUAGAUUCAUUGAAUAAAAUAUAUAAACAUU